AUGAGAUCAAUAUACGAGGACGAUGACGAGCAGCGCUACCGACGCGCGCAACAAGAGUUCGUUUCAAAUCUCGGCGGGAGUUCGCCUCAAGAAAUAAUAAUAGUAAUUUUACCAAAUAUACUUACAAUUAUUUUUUUAUCAACAAUUACCUCAUUACUAAACAAUAAAAUAGACCGCAAUAUUUUACCAAUAAUUGAAUUUAUUAUCACAAUAAUUCCAUCCAUUUUAUGUCUCACCAUUUUAUCAAAUUAUACAUUACUCAUUAGUUUAACAAUAACUAUCCUAACAAUAAUCAACUACUCAAUCAUCUACAUACUACGUCAUAAAUUAUCCAUAAAUAUCAGCAAUAAAAAAAAUGAAUUCAAAAAAUCAUUUAUAACAAAUUUUCGCGCGCUAACAAAUAUAUUAACUUGUAUUUGUAUAUUAGCCGUUGAUUUUAAUAUAUUUCCACGAAAAUACGCGAAAACGGAAUUAUAUGGCUACAGUUUAAUGGAUACCGGCGUCGGUUUAUUCAUAAUUGCCAACGCAAUAGUGUCGCCCCAAACAAAAGACUUUAUUAAUAAUAAUAAUGGUAAUAAAAAAAUAAAAUUAAUACGUAAAUUUGCAUUAAAUGCCAAAAAAUGUACCAAAGAUACUGCGCCAUUACUAAUAUUAGGAAUCGGACGCAUCAUAGCCGUUGAAUAUUCAAAUUAUCAUAAUCAUGUUUCUGAGUAUGGUGUGCAUUGGAAUUUUUUUUUAACAUUAGCAUUUGUUAAAAUAUUUAUAAGCACAAUAACAAGCGCUAUUAGCUCUAGUUUGUCAUUAAUAUCAGGCCUGUGGAUAUUAAUAAUGCACGAGUAUGCGUUAAAUACAAAAGGGUUAAAAGAAUGGCUAUUAGGCGACACACCGCGCAAUGAUUUUGUAUCAGCGAAUCGCGAAGGAAUUGUAUCUGUACCAGGUUACGUUGGUUUAUAUUUAAUAGGCAUUGCGUUGGGACGUUUAAUUUACUCAACUUAUAAUAAUAAUGACGAUAAUUACGGAUUUAUGAAGCGCUUUGGUGUGCAGAUGAAAUUGUUAGGUAAAAAAGUAUCAUUUGAAUACACAAAGCCAAUGAUUUUGUGUAUUAAACUGUCGAUUAUAGCGCCGCAAGCUUGUGGACUGACUAUUUUUUGCAACUGGCAGUAUGGGAUUUCCCGGCGUAUGGCGAAUUUUGGUUACUGCGCAUGGAUUGUUACGCUGAGUACCAUUUUGUUGACUUUACUGCUGCUUGCUGAGAUAUUAAUUGAUAUUUUGAUAUUUAUUGUCGCUGGAGAUGAUAAUAAAAGUGAGGGUGGAGAUAAAAAUAAGGAUGGAAAUAAGAAAAAAAAGAAAAAUGUUAAAUUUGAUGAUAAAUUUAAUAUGAAGGAUAAUUGGAAGAGAGAUAGAGAUGUUGAGGACAUUUAUAAUGAAGAAGUAAUGAGAAAAUCUCCGAUUAUUUUCCAAGCUGUUAAUUACAAUGGACUUAUAUUUUUUUUAAUCUCGAAUUUAUUGACUGGAAUUGUUAAUUUAAGAAUAAAAACUUUGUAUGUCGAUGAAUACAAUGCGGUAUUAUUAAUUUGUUCGUAUGUUGCUAUUUGUAUUUUCAGUGUUUUUGUAUUGUAUCGUUAUAAUAUUAAAUUAAAAUUGUAAUUAUUUAUU